AUGGCCUCCGCUGCUGCUUCCGACGAUGUUGCUGCCAAGGCAGACGGCAUCAUCUCGCACAUGAACAAUGACCACAAGGAUUCCCUGGCAUAUCUCGCGACGCACUACGGCGAUCUUCUGAAGCCUCUCACGCCGAACCAGGUGCUGAUGACCGCCAUCGACAAGAAGCAUCUCGAAAUCGUCUACACCACCCAGAAGGGUGCUGCUCCGGGCAAGGGCAAGCCGGGCAACCGCACGGUCAGCAUCCCCUUCUACCCACACAUCGCCAGCUACUCCGAGGUCCGUCAGCGUCUCGUCGACCUCUCGGCCAUCUCGGAACGGGUAAUCACCACCCGCAAGCCGGACAUCGUGUACCGCGCACCAAAGCUCGCACUGAAUGGUCUGGCCCUCAUCGUGGUGGCGUACCUCGCCCUGCGCUCCGAUACGCUCGCUUCGCACGGUAUCGUCCAGUCGCUCGUGCCCGAGUCGAGGCUGGCACAGUGGAACAACCUGCGCAACAACACGCUCGGCGGACCCGCAAAGAUGGACAAGUUCAUCGCGGGUAUCGUACGCACCCACGUGCUCGAGGGCGCCCUGAUGGCCCUCGUGUGCUACUGGAAGGGCGCCAGCCGCCUCGUCACCCUCCGUUGGGCCCUCACCACCACCGCUCUCGGCAUCCCCGCCUGGAUCGCUUUCUUCACCCUCAACAACCACAAGCGCGCUCUGAAGCGAGCCGUCAUCCUCAAAGACGGCAGCAACAAGAAGAACAACUAA